GCUACCUAUACUAUAUAGUAAACAAUUCUGAUUAAGAUCUUUUAGUCUAAACAUUAUCUUAAUAAAUCACUUAUUUUUAUUUAAGUAUAUAUAUAGUUUACCAUCCUUAAUCCUAUGUGACAAAGUGGUAUAGGGGUUCAAUUACACCUGUAUAAUCCUUUAGGCACAAACCUUAGACCAAGUCCAGAGCUAAGACUGGAUCCAGCUGCACCCAGGCUCCUCUCUGAGGGGGAGAUUAGGAAGACAGGGUGCCCUUUCUGCAUGUCGUGGCUCAUCGAGGUCUUCCCUAAUAAACUUUGUGCCCAUUAUGGAUGGGCUGUCUAAGAGGUGGGUAACUGCCCCAGGACAGCAGGUCUAUGUCCAGUGAGGGAGGAUUUCCCCUUGUUUACUUUCUGAGCACUAACACAUUUCAUUGUUAGGCACUGACUUUGCAGCAAUGACUUUGUAACCAAAUAAUUCAGCAAAUGCCAAAACAGCUGCAGUUCACCCAGAGGCUGCAGGCAGCCGAAAAUCCAGCCUUCCCAUGGCACUGGGCAACAGCAACGGAAAUGUGCUCCUCAUCAGAGAUGAGUGUCAGUGCUUUGGGGAUUUUUUGGGAGAUACUAAUUGGAGGGAAGUGUUUUUUCUACCCAACAGGCCCCCAGUACUAGUGUGGGAUGGUGAUUUGAGUAGUUUUUAUUGCCCUGCCUAAAAGGAGUUUGGAAGUCUGUAAUCAGUCUACAGAGAAUGAUUGUCCCUCUCCAAAAGCCCCCAUAAAAAUGAGUCAAAUCUCUGUUUAAACUUCAAGGAUGCCCUUGAGACCAUUAGCUCUGCUUCAGAUCUGCAGCCCUAACCCAUUAAGAUAAAAAUAAAUAGAGCUUAUUUUAGGAAGACGGAAGUGGGAACCAACCCAAGCACCAGUGAGCCACUGCCAGCACAGAGCAGAUGAUGUGUAAAAGUUGGGGUUUUUUCUUCUGUUUCAAGCACCUUCUAAUUCAAAGUGAAAUUUAGUAACCUUUUUGACUCACUAUAAAUGGCACCUGUCCAGGUGUCGAGUAACAGAGUUAAACAAGAAAAGACUUCUGAAAAUGCCUUGUAUUUCCCAAAAAUACAGAAAACUCCAGAUCUUCUGCUCUGGAGUCUGUAGCAUCAGCAGCAGCAAUCCCAGUCCAUGGGGACAUGAGCAGCACUUGCCCAAGCCAGGAAAGCCAGUGACAAAUGUCUGAGAAAAUAACUCACAUCUGGUGUAGAGCAGGUUACCUGCCCUAUUUGCUGCUUGAGGUAACAGCAGCAGGCUCUCCAUUUUUCUCAGGUCUUAUUCUUCAGGGCUUUCUUUGCUCUCCAGCUCAUAAACAAGAGCUUGCCAUGCAGGAAAAUACCCCAGGAAAGCUGAAAGAGACAAUAACAAGCUUGGCAAACUCAUUUUUCCACACCAGCACACCAAGGCAAGAGGAAGAACAUCCAAUAUGGGAUUCCAGUUUCCUAGUUUUUAAAAUGGUUUGCUCCAAAUAUUUUCUUCCUCCCUUCUGAAAAAAAGGGAAGGGAGAACUGCAAUCCUGCCUCCAUGUUGCUGAAGUGGAGGGGGGGAAAAACUCCAACAAAACAAACAAAAAUCCCAACUAAGUUCUACCCACUCAUCUACAUUUUUUUCAGUGAAUCUUCCUAGACAUCUACAGUAUCUGAAACGUAUUUGACUAUACUAUUGUAAAACUUCAAAUUAUACCUAAAUUAAGCUAACUAUAAGAUGUUCUCAAAGCACCAGGUCACUACCUUCAACCUUCUUUGUAAACAAAAAGCACAUUCAAGGCUUCACCACAAUUUCAUAUCGAGUGAGCAGCUGGAGAAUGGGUCCUUCAGCUCAGAGCAGGUGAAAGCUAUUCCACCAGCACAUGAAGAGAGGCCAAAGGUCAAGAAGAGGAAUAUUUAGCUUUAUAUAUUCCUACAAAUAAACAAGGAUUGAUUAGACCAGGCAACACUGAGGCCUCUCUGACUCCCUCUGUGGGCUGGCACUCACUCCCGUCCUGUAAUUUCCCAUGUGAAAAAGGUUAACUCAGAAUUAGGGUCUCGCUUAUAAUAAGCUUUCAGGGGCCAAGGCUCAUGCCCAACUUUCAGGAGCCAGCUGCAGAUCUUUCUCUUUGCUUUCUAAUCAGAAAGAAACCUCCCUCCUAUUCCACACCUGCAACAUAUAUAAGGGAUCAGGCUCAGGCACUCUUGUUUUUCCUUGGGUAUUUUAGGGGAGAUAUAUUUUUGGCUGCAGCCCUAAAGAGCAUGGAGAGCACUUGGAGAAUUUGUGUUUGUUUCUACUGCUGCCUGCCCUGGCUCUCUGCUGUCACCCAGUGCUCCCCCCACUUCAGGGGCCAUGGGGAUUCAGACAAGGCCCCUGCCUUUUUGGAAGCUCCUGAGGGUGCUGCCAGUGAACUCAAUCCAGCGUUGCAGCUGCCCCAAGGUGCAAGGCGAGGCUAUGCCCCCCUGCCUCCCCUCCUCAAGGUGCUGUCUGAUCAGGGCCCCCAGAGCUGGGCUAGUGAGGUCCCCAGGCUGCAGCCAGACUCCAGGGCCCUCCGGUACAUGAAGAGGCUCUAUAAGAUGUCGGCCACCAAGGAGGGGAUCCCCAAGGCCCACAAAGGCCACCUCUAUAACACUGUCCGACUUUUCACUCCGUGUUUGGAAUGCAGGCACCGCCACAGGGACCUGGUGAGAGGAGAUGUUCACUCGGUGGACUUACUCUUCAACCUGGAUCGUGUUACUGCUCUGGAGCACUUACUCAAGUCUGUCUUGCUUUAUUCCUUUGACACAUCUGUUCCCAUUUCCUCUUCCAUCACUUUCAUAUGCCAUUUAUCCAUUAAGGAACAUGAUUCUGCCAGCCAAAUUUGUCCCAGCAUUUCCCACUCUCUAGCUUUUAGCCUGCACUUUGAAGUUAGAAAACGCAAGUGGGUGGAGAUCGAUGUGACUUCUUUCCUCCAGCCUCUAAUUGCUACGAACAGGAGGAAUAUCCAUAUGGCUGUGAACUUCACUUGCCUGAUGGGUGACCCACAAAGGAGCACAAAACUGGAAAACCCUGUUAAUGUGACACUGGUUCCCCCUUCCCUUCUUCUGUAUCUGAAUGACACCAGUGAACAAGCUUAUCACGGGUGGAACUCACUUAGGCACGGGAGGAAGAGCCCAGUGAGGGCCAGGCAAAGGAACAGCCCACCUGUGGAUCCUAUGGGUGACAAAGGAAAAGGGAAUUCCCAGGGCAGAAGGGCCUCUCGACAGCGAAGGAAUGAGAAUCUGAAAGCAGCACCAGCAACUUCACCUAAUAACUUGAGUGAAUAUUUCAAACAGUUUGUGUUCCCUCAAAAUGAAUGUGAGCUUCAUAACUUCCGCCUAAGCUUUAGCCAGCUAAAAUGGGACAAAUGGAUCAUCGCCCCGCACAGGUACAGCCCCCAGUACUGCCAGGGGGACUGUCCCCGAGCCGUGGGGCACAAGUACGGCUCUCCCGUGCACACCAUGGUGCAGAACCUCAUCUAUGAGAAGCUGGACCCCUCUGUCCCCAAGCCCUCCUGUGUCCCAGCCGAGUACAGCCCGCUCAGCGUCCUCACCAUCGAGCCUGAUGGCUCCAUCGUCUACAAGGAGUACGAGGACAUGAUCGCCACCAAGUGCACCUGUCGGUAGUGCUGUGCUCUGCUUUCACUCCAGUUUUGGGUAUUUCUGUGUUCUCAAAGUAUCUGUAGCUAUAAUCCACUGAAGAACAUUGGUGUAACCUGAUUGGGAUUUAGCAUGGAGUUAGCAGAAGGUGUUUACACCAUAGCACUUAUUUUUGUAGUCACUCAGCCUUUCUAGAAUGUGCAAUUAAAUGUAAAUAGUAUCUUUUUAUUGGAAUAAUUAUGCAUUUAAAAUGUGGAAAAGGUUUCAACAAUUAAAUGUAUAUUUUAAACUGCUUUCUUGUAGAUUUAAAAGAAGAAAUAAAUGCCUGUCACCCAUCCCUUGACAUCCAGUGCCUUCUAGUCUGCCUCUCUACAGAAAUCUUGUGUGUGUCAUCUCCAACAUAUGUCUAGGAAGAGAAGAAACUCUUUAAUGUUAAAAUUACUUCCUAAGUUUUAUAUUCUUUUUCCCUACCACAUUCCAGCUCUUCCAAGCAAGAAGACAUAAAUUUUCCACACAGUUCUGUAGAGUUACCAAGUGGUUUCUUGCUUUUCUUUUGUUGCACUCUUUAGGCUUUCUCAACAAAAAGGAGGGCAAGAGUUUAAGGACAGCUGUGGGGUGACUUGUGAACACUUAAAUCACUGAACUGUGUCAGUAAGAACUGGCACCAGCUGACAGGUGAGCUGCUAAAACCAGGAAGGCUUCAUCUCGUUCAAGAACAAGAAACAGCUGUUCAUGGGGUGAGGGCACAGGAUUG